CACAAGAUCUUUUUAUUGUGUGAAGAAGAAACUAAUGUCCAAACCCGGAAGUUUAACAGUCGAAUCGUCAGGAGGAGUGUUUGAAGGAUGCCUUUUCAUUUCUGCCCUCAGUGUGGGACAAAGUUGCAGCCUGGUUUCAGGUUUUGCCCUUCAUGUGGAGAGAAACUUCCAUCUUCCUCUGAAGAAGAGCCUGGACCAGUGAUCUCAGCUCUGUCUUUAAAUCUCUCUCCAUCUAAAUGGACAGAAGAAUCAGUGACUAAAACAAGCCUGGCUUCAAGCACUAGUUUUGCACCCACAGAAACCCUCGCAACCCCCCUCACUUCAUCAACUCCAGUUACAGCUCGUCCUGCACUCCGAAAGACCCGCAACUCCCUACGUCUGGACAAGGAGGUUUCUUUCACCUUUCGUAAUGUCACUUCACCUGUGGUGUCUUCUACUAAACCUGUCAUAGCUGACAAAACUGAAGCAGAUAACAAUGCUGGAUUGGUUAGAACUCCUACAAAGUUGCACUCAGUUAAACCAAACACUGAGGUAGAGACAUCUUUACACCCGUCUUCCUCUCCUACAGGAAAAUCCCCUCGAACUGUCAGAGGAAAGGUGAAACCCUCCAGCCCUGCUGUGAAGCAGGUGGGAGAUAAAGUUGGGAGUAAAGCAGUAGAAUUAACAGUAGAUGGCUCUCCAAGGGCUGCUUCUUCCCCAUUUUCUUCACCAACCACCAAGUCUCCUUCAAAAGUGACAGGUAAAAAUAAAGCCAAGAAAGCAAAGCAUGCAGCUAAUGUGGAGCCACUGCAGGAAGGUGAAGAGGUGACAGAUACAACAGGAAAGAAGUGGAAGCUGGGAAAACUGCUCACUCAGAGCAUGACAGAGAUCUUCUAUGAAGUUUUGCAAACAGUUUCGAGAUCCAACUCCAAGGACUCAAACCACAUCCUCAAACUGGGAGCCAAAGAUGGAAGAAUCUUCAAUGAGCAGAACUUCCUGCAGAGAGCUGCUAAACCUCCAUCAGUGGAAAAGUGGAUCAAACAAAAUAGGAUGGAUUUUCUGGGGAUCCCUUCCUGUGUUGGCUUUGGUCUACAUAGUGAUUCUUACAGGUUUCUGAUUUUUCCCAACAUGGGCCAGUGUCUUCAGUCUGUUAUGGAGGAGGAAGAGGAGUGUCUGUCAGAGAAAACUGUUCUUCAGCUCACCUGUAGAAUAUUAGACGUGCUGCAGUACAUCCACUCAAACGAGUACGUUCAUGCGGAUUUAUGUUCAGAAAACGUUUUCAUCAAACUAGAACAGAAAUCUCAGGUAUACCUGGUGGGUUACUGCCAUGCGUUCAGGUACUGUCCAGGUGGGCGGCAUGUAGACUAUCGUGAAGCCAGCAGAACGCCACACGAGGGCACCAUAGAGUUUAUUAGCCUGGACGCACAUAAGGGAGCAGCUCCGUCUCGCCGCAGUGACCUUCAGUCUCUGGGUUACUGCAUGCUGCGUUGGCACACAGGAUCGCUGCCCUGGACUGAACUUACAAACCCAGACCAGGUCGCCACGCUAAAACAAAGGUACGUGGAAGAUGUUCCUGCACUGCUGAGUCACUGCUUUGGGAAGAAAAGAGUUUCCAGUGCAUUUCAAAGCUACCUGACAGCAGUGAUGGCUCUGCAGUACUCUGAGCAGCCGGAUUAUUCAGCGCUAAAGGCCACACUGAGUGACACCUUGUCUGCUAUGGGCGGGUCACUGGAGCAGCCGUUCAGUUUUUAAGAAACACAAGAUGACGAUCCCUGGAAGGUGGAGUUUGUGUUUUUAGUCUUUGUAUCAUCAUUUUAACCUUGCAUGUCUUGUUGCACCGAAAGCUGAAUGAGUGUAAACUUAAACUUGCAAACACCAGGUGAUGAGUGAUGUCGAUGAGUUUUAAUUAUUGAAACAUUCGUCGCAUGUUUUAUUUCUUCACAAAUUGCACUGUAAGUUUAAAGUAUUUCAAGUUUAACAUGUUUGGGUGAUUUUUCCUUUUUUUAGUUUACAGGUUUCUUAGAGUUCUGCUGAAUUCUGGUUUUAGUUUAUUUUAGUGACUGGUUUUUUUUGUUUCAGCUGAUUAGAAAAUGUUUUUAUUAAAUGUUGUUUUUAAUGAGUGUGUGCACUCAUGAUGUGAAGAAAGACCAGGAUUGACGGUGUGAAUGAAGUGUUUGUUAUUUUCCUCUUUUUGGAAAUCGUGCUAAAACAAAUCUAUAAGACAAGUAAAGACAGAUGUGGACUCA